AUGUCUUUUACUACGAGAAUGUGGGCACGUAGACUUGUCAACCCCAUUUCAAAUACAAAUAUAUGCACAUCACUUUUUAAAUCUCGUACCAUGCCAUUAAAGGCAUUUAAGCCACUACGUACAUUUGCAACUGCUGUUCACCACAAAGAAACUAUAGGCGAGAUUCCCAUUACUACUAUUACAGAAGAUAACGAGUCUAGAACUAUGAGUGAAGAGGAAGAAAGUAGAAUGCGUAAUUUCACCGUCAAUUUCGGUCCUCAACAUCCUGCCGCUCACGGUGUACUUCGUCUUAUUCUUGAAUUAGAAGGUGAAGAAAUUGUACGUGCAGAUCCUCAUAUUGGUUUAUUGCAUCGAGGCACUGAAAAGUUGAUUGAAUAUAAGACUUACCUUCAAGCUUUACCUUAUUUUGAUCGACUUGACUACGUCUCUAUCAUGACAAAUGAACAAGCCUAUUCUUUAGCAGUAGAGAAAUUGUUGAAUAUUGAAGUUCCUGAGCGUGCAAAAUACAUUCGUACUAUGUUUGGUGAAAUCACUCGUAUUUUAAAUCAUAUCAUGGCUGUCAUGUCUCACGCUAUGGAUGUGGGUGCCUUAACACCUUUACUUUGGAUGUUUGAAGAACGUGAGAAAUUAAUGGAGUUCUAUGAACGUUGUUCUGGAGCUCGUCUUCAUGCUAAUUAUGUUCGUCCCGGUGGUGUUGCAAUUGAUAUUCCUAUUGGUCUUUUAUCUGAUAUUCAUGAAUGGGCAGAACAAUUUGGUGAUCGUGUUGAUGAGAUUGAAGAACUCUUAACCGGUAAUCGUAUCUGGCAUAUUCGUACACGUGAUGUAGGUAUUGUAACAGCUCAAGAAGCUAUGGAUUGGGGUUUCUCUGGUGUCCUUUGUCGUGGUUCAGGUAUUAAGUGGGAUAUUCGUAAGGUUGCUCCUUAUGAUGCUUAUGACAAAGUAGAAUUUGAUGUUCCUGUUGGUCAAAAUGGGGAUUGUUUUGAUCGUUAUCUCUGCCGUAUGGAAGAAAUGCGUCAAUCACUUCGUAUCAUCAAUCAAUGCAUCAAUCAAAUGCCUGAAGGCCCUGUCAAAACAGAUGAUUGGAAAGUAACUCCUCCUCCUCGUGCUGCAAUGAAGCAGGAUAUGGAAGCAUUGAUUCACCACUUUAAGAUCUUUUCCGAGGGCUACUCUGUUCCAGCUGGUGAAACUUAUACUGUUAUUGAAGCUCCCAAGGGUGAAUUUGGUGUUUUCUUGAUUUCUGAUGGUUCUAAUAAACCUUAUAGAUGUAAAAUCAGAGCUCCUGGUUUCUCACAUCUUCAAGGUUCUGAUUUUAUGUCUCGAGGUCACUUACUUCCUGAUAUGGUCACUAUCAUUGGUACUAUGGAUAUUGUGUUUGGUGAAGUUGAUCGAUAA